CAUCUCUUCAAUCUCAAGUUUUCAGCCAAAGAACUGCAACGAAACUCUAAAAAAUGUGACAAAGAGGAAAAGGCAGAGAAGGCAAAAGUCAAAAAAGUAAGUAGGCAUUUUACCUCAUUAGUCAAUCCCCCAAUCACCUCACCUUAACUCUGAACAUAUCAACAGUGAAUAUGUAGGGAUACUGAACCUUUAUCCUCGCCAUAGGCUAUCCAGAAAGGAAAUGUGGAAGUGGCACGGAUCCAUGCGGAAAACGCCAUCAGACAGAAGAAUCAGUCAGUCAACUUCCUUAGGAUGAGCGCUCGGAUCGAUGCAGUGGCUUCCAGGGUCCAAACAGCAGUCACAAUGAACAAGGUGCAGUUGUUAUACAUACCUAUGCCCUACGAGACUUCACACAGCGACAUUCUUGUUUUGUAGAUAAAUAGUUGUUCACACUUUACAACACUUAAUACAUUGGUUUGGAUGUUCAAAAUGGAGACACUGAUUCUGCUUAAGAUGGUUCCACACUUUUACUUUGGAGGGAAAAUGUGGUACAAUGUCUGUGAAAGUGCAAGGUAACUACAGCAAUAACUGCUGUGUCCAACCAGGUACCUUUCUAUUUAAGUAAUGUUGGUUCAUUCUACAGGUCACUAAAUCUAUGGCUGGAGUGGUGAAAGGCAUGGAUGCCACGCUGAAGAGUAUGAACCUGGAGAAGGUAACGUGUGUAUUUUUGUAUUUUAUUAGGAUUCCCAUUAGCUGUUCCGAAACCAGCAGCUACUCUUCCUGGGGUCCACACAAAACAUGAAACAUGACACAAUACAGAACAUUAAUAGACAAGAACAGCUCAAGGACAGAACUACAUACAUUUUAAAAUGUCACACACAGCCUACAUAUCAGUACACAAAAUAUCUAGGUCAAAUAGGGGAGAGACUUUGUGCCGUGAGGUGUUGCUUUAUCGUAUUUUUUAUCCAGGUUUUGCUGUUCACUUGAGCAAUCACAGAUGGAAGGGAGUUCGGUGUGAUCAUGGCUGUGUGUGUGCACGCUCAUAAUGCUCAGUCAAAUACAGCUAUUUGAUAGGUGUCACUCUUUUUAGAUGGUAUACAUCUUAUUAUGUUUUUCACAAUCUGAGAGGGAAAUUGGGUAAGGAAUGUCUCAUCUCUCUAGAUCUCAGGCCUCAUGGACAAGUUUGAGCAUCAAUUUGAGACGUUGGAUGUGCAGACAGCCCAAAUGGAGGACUCCAUGAGUAGCACAACCACCCUUACCACACCA